AUGGCAUCGCUCACUAGCGACGACGUGCACGUUCAGGUAACGCACACAGCGGGUAUCACCCGACUGCUUUAUCUUCCCAAGGCUGCGCCUGUUGAACGUCUUGUCACGGCAGGCGAGGACCAUCUCGUCCGUAUUCUUCCCUCAGAGGCGACGGCCUCGGAUGUGAACCCUGUGGUAAUCGAAGAGGCUACGCGCCCAAUGACAUGGGUGGAUGCCGAUGCACAAUACCUCGUCACAGCGUCGGAAGACGGCGCAGUGCGCCUGUACAAGCACGAAUCGGCUGAGCUCGUGCAUAUCAUCCGCCGCGAAGUACUGCCCGUGCGCUGCGUCGCGAUGGAGAGCGCAAGCCGUGCGGGUGCGUCUCCCCGUACUGCGGUCUGCUCUGACGAGCUGAUCGUCCGCGUGGUGAAUGCUGCCGAUCCUCGCAACAUUACGCUUCUCACGGGACACACGCGUGGCGUCCGCGCGGCGAGCUGGAGCCCCGCACUCUCGCUCUUGUUGACGUGCGGUGCAGAUGGUGAUAUUCGCGGCUGGGACAUGUCGGGAAACGAGCCCCAGUGCGUCAAGGUCAUUUCCAACCAGCUUCCUGCGCUGCGUCCCGAGAGCGAGUUCUCGUCGCAGGUCUGCUGGCAUCCGUCCGGUGCCGUGUUUGCGGCGCCUCUCAAAACACAAGAGGUUGCCCUGAUUCGAGCACCGAUCAGUGCAGAAGAAUUCCGUGGCGAACACGUUUGGGAAACGGUUGCUGUGCUGGGCGCUUCAAACGGAACGACCUCGGCUGAACAGCGCAUGCCUAGCGGCCUGAUCUCUGCCAUGUCGUUCUGUCCCAAUGGUCGGUACUUGGCUGUGGCGACAGAGGAUAACCAGGUGACGGUCUGGGCGCUGGAUUCGCGCCGUGUCUUGCGGACGCAGCAGGCCGAAGGCAUCGUUACCGGCCUCAGUUGGCACCCCACGAAAGACAUGCUGGCAUGGACUGAUAUGCAGGGCCAGCUGGUGCGCUGGGAUACUGUCAUUGGUACCACGCUGCCCAGUCCUUUUGAAGAGCUGCAGUUUGCGAGCGCCCAAGCAGAGGAAGAAGCACCCGAAGAGGAUCUCGACCACGAGCUCGACGACCUGUUUGAUGACACGCCGCUGGACGAGCCUGCGGCAGUGGAGCGCCCGACGCGCCAGCGUCCCAGUGCGCGUGCCGACGCGCCUGGUCUUGUCCAGAAUGUGUUCCAGCCGGCGUCGACCCCGAUGGAAGCGCAGCGGCGCUACUUGAGCGUGUCGCCUCUCGGCACUCUCACCGCUGUGGACCAAGAUACGCACCAGACGAUCUCCUUUGAGUCGUACGACACGUCGCAGCGCCGGAAUUUCCGCUUUACCGACCACUAUGGCUACAAAAUGGCGAGCAUGGCCGCACAAGGCAUCCUCUUUGCGUGUGAGGCCGAGUCGGGCAGCCCCAGCAGUGUAUUCUACCGCCCCUUUGACGACGUGCCUGGCAUCCAAACUGAGUGGUCGAUUAAUCUUGCGGCGAACGAGAAUGCCGUGGCCGUGGCACUGGGUGGUAUUGCGAAUGCUGGCUCGCAUGCGGAUGUGCUCGUCGGUCCUGGCGGCGUUGUGGACGAAGGCCGGACGACCGCUGCGACGGCGGUCGUUGCGACGUCACAAGGCUAUCUGCGCUUCUUUGGCACAAGUGGUAUGCAGGUCUAUGUGUGGGCGCUCGGACUCCCGGUCGUGACGCUGGUAGCGAGCGCGACAUCGGUGCUGGUCGUGUACCGCUCGGCGAAUGCUGCGUCGAACCAGGUGCACCUCGAGUACCUGUUGAUUGAGCUGUCGCAGCUUGCGACGAUGCAACAAGGCACUGUACCGCUCCCCCCCAAUGCAACGCUCUCGUGGGCCGGCUUCAACGAGCUCGGUGCGCCGUGCCUCUUUGACUCAACUGGGACGCUCUUUGUGUUGGACCGUGCAUGGCGCCCCGGCCAAGGGCGCUGGGUGCCUGCGCUGGACACGGCGCAAGCCUUGCUUCCGACACGCAGCGACCAAGACGACGACGAAGCAGUGCGUGUUCCCCGCGUCCGCUGCUGGCCGAUCGGCGCGACGGCGACGCACCUGCUUGGCCUGCUCCUCCCUACGUCACAAAAGUACCCCAGCGUCAGCGGCCCCCGGCCCAUGGUCCAGGAGCUGGCGCUGUCGCUGGUUCUCGCGCAGCGCGACAGCACGGCGACGCCGCUGGAAGAAACCGCGCUGCGCACGUCGCUCCUUGCGAAUGCGACACGCGACGCGCGCGCUGCGACCGGCGACAUGAACCUCGGCCCGGCCGGCCUGCCUGCAGACCGCGCGGACCCCGUCGCCCAGGAGAUCGAGGCAGACAAGGCGCUGCUGCAGCUCAUUCAGCUCGCGUGCAAGGCCGACCGGUACGCACGCGCGCUCGACGGCUCGCGUGCGCUGCAUUCCGAAGCGACGCUGGAUGCCGCGUUGAAGAUCGCCUCCUUCUUCCACCUGCCGAGUUUGGCGGACCGUCUCGAACUGGUUCGUGCGCCGCUGGCCGUGCGAAAAGAGCUCGAAGAAGAGACGACGGACCGUGCGUGCGGAGUGGAUGCCCUACUCCGCAACACGGCGCGCCUCCCUGUGCCGACCGCAGCGCCGGCGGUGAGCGAAGCGCCGGCGAACCAAGACUCGCGCUCGGCGCUCCUCCAGCAAGGCUUUGUCCCCCGGCGCUCCUCGAGCGAGGUGCAUGGCCGUUCGGCGCUAGCGCGCGAAGGCCUUGCGCAAAAGCAGGUCGCCGAUGAGUCGCCUGCGCCGGUGCCCAGCAGCACGCUGUCCUCGCUGGAGCCGACGCCGAGUGCCGACGACACACUGCCGACGCCCGCGCCGGCGAUCCGCACGAACCCCUUUGCGCGGACGCACUCGGUGGCCAAAGAGCGCCAGCUGCAAAAGAGCCAGUCGUUCUUUGAUCGUGUCGAGGCGCCGACGAAGCGCAAAGCACCCGAAGAGGAGCAAGGCACUCCGGAGAAGCGCGCCGCAUCUGGGCGGCAGUCGACGCUGGCGAGCUUUGCGUAUGCACCGUCGAUUCCGUCGGUGCCGCCAUCGUCGGGCGUGCCCCCCCCGUCUGCGCCGGGUACCGGCGAGACGCUGGCUGGUGCGUCCGAUUCGGAGCCCGAAUCCUAG